UCAGUAGCUGCGUCACUGAACACGUUUUUUUUCUUCACAGCUAGCGUGUGUAAAUCGUUCACCUUUGUAGAGUUUUCAGACCUUUACAAGAAACUUCUUGAAGGUAUUCACGAUAAAUAUAAAGUGAGUCAAGUUAUUUUGCUUGACGAAAUGAGAUACAUUUAAACUACAUAGGAGCAAGGUUAAAAAUUGGGACGCUAAACUAGGACGUGAAAAUUAUACUAGAACUGAAAUGAAAGAUUGAAAGGACUGAGGAUUAAUACAAGUGGCAGAUUGACCUUCAUGAGCGAAGAUUUUUUAAGUUAAGAAAUAAGUCACUUUAGUUACGUCAUCCAUUACUUGCAAACUUAAAAGUAUCAACACGCUUGCUGCUGUGAAGUCAUGCCAUACGAGGAGGUUCAGACGCCUGGUGGCACCAAGAAGUUCGCGGUAGAGGAGGGAAUGAGGUUUCUUUUGGACAAGGAGACCAUACUGGGCAGCGGCUCCCUCAAGACCCAAAUAGAAUGGUUACGCAGCACGAAAGUGUUUCCUGAUGACGUCAUUGUAUGCGCAUACCCGAAAUGUGGGACUCACUGGGUUUAUGAGAUUGCCCACAUGUUACUCAACGACACCACGGAGCUCAGUAGGAAGCCAAAGGAAGCCACCAUGUUGGAGUUUCGGACCCGGGAGGAGAUUUCGGUGCUGUCUCGACCACGCAUCCUCAACACACAUUUUUUGCCCUCUGCCCUGCCAACAGAGAUCCCAGAAAAGCGGCCACGAAUUGUACUCGUGCUGCGGAACCCGAAGGACGUGGCCGUGUCGGCGUUCUUUCACUUCAGCAAGGAAAUGGGAGCAAAGGGCAUCCCUUGCCCGCCGAUGGACGUGUUCAAGAACAGUUUUUUAACUGACUACGCUCCCAUCUGUAACUAUUUCAAGUACAUAAAGGCGUUUCUCAAGUACUUAAAUGACCACCCGGAAGUGCCUACCCUGACGGUGUUCUAUGAGCACCUCAAGAAAGAUCCGAUGGCGGAAGUAGCCCGGAUCGCAACCUUCCUUGGGACGGACGGUUGCAAAGUGUCACAUGAGGAAGUGAUGGCCGCUUGCGGAUUUGAAAACAUGCAGAAGGCGGAGCAUGUCAUCCGGGAAUCACACAAAGACAUAGUCAUGUAUAGAAAAGGACAGGUAGGUGAUUGGAAAAACUACUUCACCGUCAAGGAGAGCGAAAUUUAUGAUGCCGUCAUCGCUCGAGAACUUGAAAACACGGACAUUCGCUUCCUGUACGAGUAAAGGACAGGCCCAAUCGUUCUAGGCUUAGAAGUUUUUUUAUAUUGGACUGUUCAUUAGAAUUAAGUUGUGUUUCCUUUUUACAAUGCUCAUAAAUACGAUUGCCAUGCAGAUCUAGAGUGUAAGGUUAACCUAAUAACACUUCUGAAGCUUGAUGACGAAGGACAAUGACGGACUAACAAAUAGCCAACAUA